UAGAAGUAUGAAUGCUAGUGUCAACAAUUCUGUGACACUGCAGUGUGUCAAUAUUAAUUAGUGUUUGACUUGUUUCAGUAAUUGCAUACAAAAAACCUGUAGCUGUCCUCACUAUUUGUUGGAAGAUGUAGUGGCAGAAGUUGUUGCUUCCUUCAAAGACUUGUUAUUUUCCAACACAUAGCAGAUUUACAGGAGAUUUCAUCUUACAGGUCUCACGACCGUAAACACAGACACAAGUCUGCAACACAGGAAAGGGAGAAGGAGCGGCUGGGAAUACCAGAUCCUACGGACUACCUUUACCGUCCAUUUGAGGGAACUCCGCAGCUGAGGCUGCCAUACAUAGCGACGGGUGUUCUGCAACCACACACCGAGUACCCCUGUGGUCUGAUGCGCUGCACGAGGACAAAGCCACCCAUCACGUUCUGUGAGAAUCCCACUGCCUCGACAGCUAUGUUUCGCACCAGGUCUGAGGUGUUAAAUGAUGCACAUCCACGUGUUGCUGAACUGAUGAGAGUCGUAAUGGAGGGGUCAUGGGCCAGUGCAGACACGCGGGCUCUUACUAGUUCCAAGCAGCGGUCAGUAGCAGCCGCAGCAGACGUGGCGGGCUCUUCCACCGAUGCCAAUCUGUCCAGCAGCCUAGCUGCAUUGCAGGUGUCGUAUGAUGAGAAUGAAGUGGAUGAUGCCGCCUCUGAUGACCUCAUCAAACCAAAGGAGAGAUCUUGGUAUCUUACUUUCAGUGUGAUUAGGGAGCUCUGGUCAGGAGACUCUGCAUCUGCUGUGGCUACCACAUCUGGCAGCCAGAGGGAGCCCCCUACGAUGAGGGGCAGUGCAUCAGAUCGAGACCGCGACCGUGACCGUGACAAGGAGCGUGACUUCAGCACUUCGCCGGAGGUCUCGCACAGGAGAUUCAGGGUGCGGUCUGAGUCUCGCCGUGAAGAGAGCUCUUCUCGUGUGGGGAGCGUGCCGAUGGUGUCGCCGAGGGCUGAACGCAUCACCGUCCGCUCCCGUUGGGACAGUGACUACGAAGAAGAGGAAGAGGAAGAGGAAGCAAAUGGAGAGUAUGGAGAAGAGCGUGAACAGAGAAAUAGAUUUGACAGGGCAGAGACGGCACUGUCGGUGUCGCCACGGAGGACGCGGGGCAGCUGGAGUGAUGACUUCGAUUAUUCGACUACUGCAGCAGAUAAAAGUGAGCCUGAUGAUGAUAGAGGUGCCGCACAACACGAUUCUUCCAGCAGCCAUGGACUGGAUGGGAGCAGCUUCGAGUAUCACAAUGGCAAAGACUCGGACAGACGCUCGCACAAAGAUGCUUCAGAAGAGGAAGAUGAAAAAAAGGAGAGGGCAAAGCAUGAAGAAGGCUACAGUGGUGACAACGAACGUGAAGACGAACGCCGACCCUUUGAACGAGUUGAGACUGAAGAUGACGAUGACGAUGAGGAUGAUGAUGAGGAUGAAGAGGGGGAUGAAGAGGAAGAGGACGAGGAGGAGGAGGGGGCCAAGGAGAAGGAGCAGCAGUAUGAGAACGAGGAGAAGGAGAAGAAGAAGAUAAAGAUGAAUGUGAAGAUGAAGAAGGAGAAGGAGGGAGAGGAAGACAAGAUAGAAGAAGUUGAGAUGGAAGUUGAAGAGGAUUCCCAGCCUGGAAUUAUUGAACCGCAUGAACCAAGUGACAGCACAUCUGCUGAAGAUGCCGACGUGGAAGACAGGUCGCUGACAUCUGGCAGCCACUCCCACAAGACUGACAGCAUACUACACACUCCAGUUAAUGGGUCCCAUACUCAGGAUGAUGAAGAAUCCCUGCCUUCCCAUUAUAUACAGAAUGUAAACCUAAAUGAUUCAAUUUCUGGAGCUUUGGACAAAGUGAUGCAAAAUGAGGCAAUGACUGAGAAAUCAAGUAGUGUGAAUGCAGCCUUAAUUGGUCCACAGCCACUGUCUCAGUUCAUGCAGGAGGAAAACAGUCAAGGGGAACCUUCAGAUAGUACAAAACUCGCGUCAGAGUAUGAAGAAUUCAUGAAGGCUGUCAGUUUCGAAGCCACUGGGGAUGACACCACGCAAGGUGAUGAGCAGAUGGAAAUUGAUGGUGGUACCCCGGUGCAGGACAGUCCCCAAAAAAAGGAAUCUGAUAGCCCCAAAAAAAUUCAGCCAGAGUCUGACAGUCCCAUAAAAAUUCGGCUGGAGCCUGGGAGUACCAAAAAAAUACAGCUGGGUCCUGACAGUUCUGAAAAAAUUCAGCCAGUUGCUGCCAGUCCAGAAAAAAUUCGCCCUUAUCCUGACAGUCCUGAUAAAAUUCGGCCAAUUAAUGACAGUCCCGAAAAAAUUCGACCAGAACCUGACAGUCCUAAAACAGUUCGUCUGGUUCCUGACAGCUCUGAAAAAAAUCGCCCAGAUCCUGGCAGUCCCAAAAAAAUUUGCCCUGUUCCAGACAACCCUGAAAAAAUUUGCCCGGAUCCUGAAAGUUUUGGAAAAAUUCAGAUGGAUCCUGAUAGCCCCAAAAAAAUUCAUCCAGAUCCUGGUACUACAAACAAAAUUAGCAAUAGAUCUGACACUCUCAAUGAAGCUCCUCGUGUUGAAAUGGAAGACACAACUUGGUCUCAUAGUUCUUCAGAGAAGGAGAAACAGCAAAGCAGCAGAAAUAAUGAUUCAGAAUGUAACAGAAAUGACAAAGUCACAGAGGGAAACGAGCUGAUGAAAGAAAAUGGUGAGUCGAGCGUGAAACAACCUGUAACGGUGAAUCUUGGUCCUAAAUUGAGUGUACCAGAGUCGGUCAGUGCUUUCUUAGCUGUUGCUGAAAGUGCAUGCAGUGAUCUGUCGGUAAAGCAGAACAAUUCUCGCAGCAGUAGUUCUUCCAGUAGUUCGGAAAGCUCUUCAUCUUCAGAUUCAGACGAAAAGCACCAUCGCAAGAGCAGGCACUCGAAGAAGGCUUCCAAGAAGAAGAAAAAGAAGAAGAAACACAAGAAGAAGAAACGACACCACUCACAUAAAAAGUCAAAAAGCAAGCAGAAGAAACGGUCAGCUACGAGUUCGUCCUCUUCUUCGGAUAGCAGCAGUUCGUCAGAUGAUGAAAGCUCUUCGGAAUCCAGUGAGGCCAAGGAAAAGGUGUCUGCACGCAGCAGGAAGAAACGGAAGGGACACGCACAGCAGGUCGAGGCCGGCAGCGAAGGCGAGGACACAGGUGAUGAAAGAUCUCCAUCCCGCACGCGGAAGGAUAAGGGGCAGAAGUCGACACGCUCCAGGUCUAAGGCAAAAAAAGCAAAGGACAAGUCACAUGGGAAGCGCCAUAAAGAAAAGAAGAAGAAAUUGAUAAAGAGGAAGAAGAAGAAGAAGAAGAAGAAGAAGCAACGGAGUCAUAGUAAAAAGCACAGUUCGAGCGAUUCGGAUGAUGUUGCCGCACUGUUGCUUCCGGAGCUUCCUGUCACUGCUGGAGGUGUGACUGAGCCCACUGGUGGAAAGACUAAUGAGGUGCUGGGAUUUGUUCCAGAGUUGGCUGUUAACUCCCACCUUCCUUCGAAAGCAGCUGAAACAGGUAAAAAAAACAAGAGUGCUGCAAAAGCAAAACACAAAAGUCGAUCUCGGGGUAAAAAGAAGAAAAAGGAAAAGAAACAGAGUCGACGACACACUCGCCAUACUGACAGUGACUCCGAAAGUGAUGAGAGUGGCGACAGAGAUUCGGACACACGAGAGGACGGAGAUGAACGGAAGGGGCGGCGUCGAUCUUCGUCGAUGCCUGAACCACCGCAUAAGAAGCGACGGCGCUCACCUUCCAGUUCGCCUGAACGGUCGCCAGCUCCAUCCAAGCGUCGACAGAAUCAGCACCCAUCAACUUCAGCCUCAUCCGAUCAACAGGCUCCGUCUGAAGGUGGUGGCAGAUCGGGUUCUGAAGGAGGCAGGGGGACCAACAGAGAGCGACAGAAGAAUGGCAGUGAUGAGGGGAGCGGUCGUAAGAGGGUCAGAGGCGGUGGCUCUCCCAAAGCAGUGGCAGCAGCAGUAGUGGCUGCUGCUGGGGAUGGGGCAGCGUCUGCAAAGCCCAGAGGUGCCACUAGGUGUUCAGAAAAGACGAAGCCUGCCCAUUUUGAAGGUGAGGAAGAUGAAGAAGAGGCCGACGGAGAGGGGGAAGAAGAGGAAGAUGAGCACCACAGACAUUCGAGGAGUCGCAUUGUGGCCGUGCGUAGGAAGAGGAGUGUCAGCAACUCGAGUUCGGGCAGCAGCUCAACAUCUGUCACUUCAAGCAGCAGCCGGAGUAGCAGCAGCAGCAGCAGUAGGAGCAGUUCGAGCAGUAGUGACAGUUCCAGGAGCAAUGGCAGCAGCAGCUCUUCUUCAGACGCUUCGGACAGCAGCAGUUCCAGCAGUAGCAGCACAAGUAGCAGCAGUUCGAGCUCCAGUAGCAGCUCCACCCCCAGCACGAGCAGCUCGAGCAGUUCAGAAGCACGUGCUGGCAGCAGUAGCAGCAGCAGCUGCGACCUGCCUGUGCCACAUGUCAGUGACAGCGACGAUGGUGACGAGCUGGCGGACCUCACAGGUGACACCCGCCCUGCCCUCUUCCCAUCCGGUUUGGGAGCUGAGGGCGAAGCCGAUGAGGAUGAUACAGAAGAUUCUGAAUCUUCAGACGAUGACUAUGAUGAUGAAGAUGAUGAAAAUGAUGACGACAGUGAAAAUGAUGUAGACAAUGAAAACGGCAAUGAAAAUCAAAAUGGUGAAGACAAUCAAAAUGGUGAAGACAAUCAAAAUGGUGAAGACAAUCAAAAUGGUGAAGACAAUCAAAAUGGUGAAGACAAUCAGAAUGGUGAUGAUGAGGACAGAGAUGGAGAGGAGGACAGUGAUGAGAGUGAAGUGUCGUCAAUUAUGUCACCUAGUCGCAUCAAGAAGGAGGCAGUCUCUGACGAAGAUGAGUCAGAGGUGUGGGACCCGGAAUCCCUGCGCGCGCUGAAUGAAGCAUUUGACAGCAAGGAAGGUGUGAAAUUGGUCAUCCUGCAAGAGCUGCCAGAACAUAUCAGAACCAGGAACAGUAAUUUCAAUAAGUCUGCAGAAAGACAGACAUCGAAAGAUGUGGCCUCAGUUGAGCUGAAACUUGAGCCCAUUCUUUGUGCCCCAUCAACUUCAAAAUCAUCUGUGUAUGAUGGUGCUGGACCUUCCAGGAAGCAGACUCCGGGAACGUCAAAGAUAAGUGAGUCAAGUAAUAGUGCACGCACGAGCACAAAAACAGAGAACUUGCCGGGUCCGUCGAAACCUUCUUUAGCAGCUGCUUCUGUAGCUGCCUCUCCCAGCACAGUGUGGCAACAGGCAGGCUCUUCGAAAGUGUGUAAUAAAUCUGAGCUGGUGGCAUCUGACAGUGGUUUGGGACAUGGUAACAGUUCUGUAGCUAACAAAGCAUCAACCAGUGCUAUCCCUCCGAGCCGUAAUGCCCCAGCCAAAGCAUCAACCAGUGCUAUCCCUCCGAGCCACAAUGCCACAGCUGUGGCUGUCGAUCAGGAGAGAGCCUCUCUGUCAGAAAGGAAUGAGUCGGUUCUCUUGCAGACCCAGAAGGGAACAGUAGACGAUGCAGAAAUUGGAGGCCAAUUGAGGGACACAAUGGUCGGAAUGGAAAAUGAGUGUCCCAUAUCGCAAAGAAGAGGUGCUGAAGAUACUUCGGAAGACGGCACACCUGUAAAAGGUCAUGUGAGAGAAGAAAUUGAUAAUAAUGCUGAACUCGAAAAUUCAAUUGUUCAGAACAAGCAACUGGAGGCACAACUUGCAGAAGUGCCUCUUCUGGAUAAACAUCCACCACAGACACUAUCCUCCCAGCAAAAGCCCUCUGCUCUUACUCAAAAAGGAAAUGCUUAUCCUGAAAUGUAUGAUAUGUUUGCUGAUGAACCACCAAGUGCAUCAGUGGUUCAGAGUGCAUGUAACAAAGAGAAUAACAAUUUGGAGCAACCAGGUGGAAGUGAGAAACAGGUCCGUAGGUACCAACUGAAUGCACAAACAUCCACUAGUAGUGAGAGAAAACCUUGCGCCAAGUCGGGGAACACUAGUUCUGCCCAUGAAAAUAGGAAAAGCGCCAACGAGUGUCUCGCCGAAGGCCUACCCCUCGGAAGCAGUGCAGCUCCAAUUAAUUUGGGGCUCUUUCACCUUGAAGUGCCUGUACAUUUUACAUCUGACAUUUCUGCAGUGAGCAGCUGGGAGGAGAAAUUUCGUAUUGCAGUGAGAAAUGUGCAGGAGCUGAAAGCAAGAACCGAAGAGCGUCAGAAAAAAUUGGCAGACGGAAACAUUGAUAAAGUGCCCGAAGCAGAAGGUGAAAAGAAAGAAGAAACAGUUACAAAAACUGCAGAGGAAUCAAAUUUGAAUGCUGACUUCGUGAAAAAGUCACACAGUUUGUACUGGGAUGAGAAGGAUGACGAGAGUAUACAUUUCAAUUGGGGCCAUGAACGUGAACAUUCGAAUACUGGAGCCCAGGUAUCAGAUUUUGACCAGACCACUCGAGAAGAGGGAGAUAACUCGGCCUCCCGUCAGAAGGAUGAGAACAGUUGGAUUUCUUCUGAGUAUGGGAAUGGAAAGGCUGAGGGUAGUCAUGCGGAUGGCGACAGUCACUUUGGUAAAGUUUUUUGUAAUACUGAAGUCAGUAGCACUCCUUCCGAAGUGAACAAUUCCCUAGAGGAGAGAGACUUCGAGGUAGACCGGAGCUCUUGCCACGAAAAUAGGGAGGCGUUGAUCAGUCAUGAGAGAUCGCAUGGUUCAACAGUACGAGAAUACAUUCCUCUUGAAAGGUGGAAAGAAAGUGAGAAUGACCAAAUAAAAUUUGAUGAACAAAAUGAGAAUGAUGUCAUCAGUAACUGUAGAAAAGAAUACAUCAUUCAUACAAAAGACACACAAAAUACGACUAAUAAUCCUCCAGAUUUGUCUGCAGCUGACAGUGGGUUACUGGAAGAUGAAGUAAAACCUAGUUUGAGUGGUGGUGGUGGUGGUGGUGGUGGUGAUGGUGGUAGUAGUGAUUGUGAUGAAGAGGAAGAAAAAACUCUUCAAGAAGUUGCGAAUGUCACUGAUGUAUUUCGUAAAUUGAUAGAAUGUAAAGAAAGGGGAGAAAUUACACUAGGUACUGAGUUAGAGCUGUUGGUUGCUGGAAGCCCACAUUCGUCUGAUGAUGAGGAGAUUUUACCUGAUUGUUUUUCUGACAAUCUCUUUAGCCUGCAAGACAUUCUCGAGAGAGAGGACACAGACGAAAAGUUGUCUAAUGAUGCCCUCUCGUCACCUGCACAAAAGAGGGCUAGAGAUUCUCAAGAAGCCACAGGUGCCCACACAGAGGACACUGCCAUCGACUUCGAAGAGCAGGACACUAUCUCCUCUCCCAGGAAAAAGGCCCGCAUGACUGAAUCGAAGGCCGAAAUGACUUUUAGUGGUAGUGGGGUUCUGGAGCCUAGCAGUGUCGAUGGGGAGGAGCACAAUAAGCCACAGUCUGCCACUCCGAGCAGUACCCAUGGGGUCUCGACAGACAGUAAGGCUGACGGUUCGGGUGAAAAGACUGGAGAGGCAGCUACCGCCACUCGGCACGAUGAACGCAGGAGAGAGAGGAGUCCAGACUCCUACAGGACCCAGGAGGAGAAACACAGGAAGAGCUCCCGCCACCACGAUGACUCUGACAGGCAGAAUCGGAGUGAUGACAAGAGGAGGGAAAACAGAGAUCGGAGGCGGGGAGAGGAACACAGACGUGACAGGAGGGAGAGAGAGCGGAGGAGCUGGCGGCGUGACAGCCGCAGCCGGAGUGGCAGUCCUGCGGACUACCUAUCAUCCAGGAAGCGCCGGAGUUCCGGGUCACCCGACCGCCGGCACAGAGGUGUGGAGGACAUCCCGCUGCCUGCAGCCCUGCGGCAGCAGCGGAGGUCCCAAUACAGGGCGGACGACGAGCCGCCACCAGCUGCAGAGGCACGGGAGGGAAGGCAGAAGCGUUCCUCCACACUCUCCGCUGGUGUUGACCCGAAGCUGUCAUCUGCUAAUAUUACACAGUUGGAACACUUAGCCGGCUACAGCUUCAGUUCAAGAUCAGAAUCUAGGACCACACGCGGAAAAAGGCCUCCAUCUCCACCGCCGGUGAGCAAGUCACUGAAAUUUUCACCCAAGCGCCCAUCCCUGGAUGACCGCAUUGAGAUGGAACUGGGUGUUCGCAAGGCAGCACCACCACCACCACAGCAGCAGCAACAGCAACAGCAGCAGCAGCAGCAGCAGCCACCGCAGCAGCAGCCACAGCAGCCGCCACAGCAGCCGCCGCCACCUCCACCACCGCAGUCAACGGCCCCUGUCCCACAGUUUCAUCAACAACAGGGACCAUACAAUUUCCCAUUCCCGCCCAACUACUAUGGCCCCCACACUCCUCAAAUUCCCAGUCCGGCUCCUCUGUUCCAGCAAGGCUUCAACCCUCUGCACUGCCAGGGGCGUCCUCAGUUCACCUGUCCCCCGCCACCCAUCGUGCGCUACACCACACCGCCACCGCCUAUCCAGAAUAAGAGGCCGCCAUUGCUGCCUACUCCUACGCACUUCCGGCCACGGAUGGAGAUGUGGGACACGAGCCCAGAGGCCAUGGCGGCCAUUAUGAGGGGCACGCCUCCUCCACCUCCACCGCCUGCACAACCCCCACCUCCCAUACAACCCCCACCUCCUGUACAACCUCCACCUCCAGUACAACCCCCACCUAUGCAACCCCCACCUCCGGCACAACCUCCUCCUCCUGUACAACCCCCGCAGACACCUCCACAGCAGCACUUUCACAAUUCGCGAGUUGUUCAGGUUGGCAAUGUGUUACAAGUAGUGCCAGCAGAACUGCCUCCCCCUCCACCCCCACCACCACCUCAGGAGCCACCACCAUCCACGAUGACGGGAGAUGGAGCGCAACGGGCCGGCGCCACACCGGGCACGUCUGUGGCUACGGUCACAGACGUGCCUCCGGCUUCUCCCGCUGAUCGGGGAUCGGUAUCGGCAGCAGCCCUGUCUGAUGUGGCGGCUGCCCUGGCGGCACGCGUCACCACUGCCGCAUCACACUGUACUGGUCCCGCAAUGCUACUGCCUUCUGUGGCCGCCGUGCUGCAACUGCCCAUGAUGUCGACAUCAUUGCCAGUUCCACCUGCAGGAGCGGUAGAUGGCACCACAGGAUUUGUGGCUCCCGCCCCUCCAGUCGAACAGCUGUCAGCGGCGCAGCAGCAGCAGGCUGCUGCCGUUGCGGCUGAGCUGGAGCGCCGGCGCAUCGAGCGUGAGAGGCGCCGCCAGGAGAAGGAGCGGCGUCGACAGGAGAAGGAGAAGCGCAGACAGCGCAAGCUGAUGGCGCGCGCCUCGGCCGCUGCUGACACCAACAUAAAGAAAGCACUGUUGGAACGACAACGUAUUAGUGAAGGUCUGGUGGGCACUAUUGUCGGAGAAGGAGAAGUCGACAUUGAGGAGAUGAAGCUACUAGAGGAAGCUAUGCAGGAAGUGCCAGAAAUGGAUGACGAAGCUGGUGGAGGCGAAGAUGCGUCAGCUACGCCCUCACCAGGAUCACGAAAACGCCGCAAAACUUCCUCGGUUCUUCUCGAAGUGAAGCCCCUUCCUCCUGCAGGCCGGGGAAUACUUGUAUCUCCCGGUUUCAGGGACAAGCCACUGAAGACCGCUAUGGCAGACCGUAAGUCUGUCAAGUUUGCAGACGGCGUCCAGCCGGGUGAAGGCACGUCACCCUCUGGAGGAGAGGACCUGCCAUCACCUCCUCCACCUCCCCGCAAGCUACCAAAAGAGAAGCGCUUCAAGAAGAAGAAGAAAAAGAAGAAGGUGAAGGUAAAAAUUAUUAGACACCUCAAUGUAGAAGAGGUUGUCGAGGAAGAUGAUGAUGAAGAUGAUGACAGCUCACCCCCACCACCUCCGCCAGGUUCACCUCCGCCACCUCCUGCAUAUCCAUAUCCUGCAUACCUGGCUGCCGGAUAUGCAUAUCCUUAUGCUGUAGUCCCAGGUGUAGAAGCCCCGAGUGCAGCGUCAGUUAUUGGCAAUGCAGAUCGAACAAUAGCAGGUGGAGCAUCGGCUGCUGUGGCACCAAGAACUCCAAGCCCAACCACCGUCUACAGCUCGGCAGCAGUGGCAGUAGCAGCUUCCACCGCCUACCGACCCGCAUCCGUGCCGCCUGCCACCCCGUGAACUCCCACCGUUGUGGACUCCACAGUGUGAAAUUCAGCUCGAGCACCUCGGGUGAAGUCAACCUCUCUCUGUGUUAAACAUGAGUGUAUCAUUUAAAUAUAUUGUAGUGUCUCAGGUUGACAGUAAAUAUGUUCCAAUGGAAAGCAGUCGUGCUGUGUGCAGACUGGAAAUGUGUACAGUACCAAAUGUGAAAUAUAUAAAUUUUGCCAGAACAGAUGUAUCACAUUAGCAUGUAGAUUCAAUAUUUUGUGGUUCGGUUGCAGUGCCUAUAACAACAGUUCUCAGAAAACAGAUUAAUAACUGUGGCAGCUGCUUGAAUGUAAAUUGUGUCAUACUUCUGUAAUUAAUGUGGUAAGUAAUUUACUGGACUGCUGUCAGAACCUGUCAGAUUUGAAAAUAACGCAAGCGUUAGACAUUGGUGAACAUUCUAGAUGAUUGUUUGCCAACUGUGUGUGAGUAUUUCACUGAAUGGGGGGAGUGCUGCAGAGAUUAUUCUGUCAUGUACUUGCACAAUUCUGCUGCAAUGUGUAGUGUGAGACAAUGAUGUGACUGUGCCUCUAGUAGUAGGAGACUACCACAGCUUUUGUUGACAAUUUCUCCUUGUGAAAAGAUGUGGGGUGAAAGACGACAUUCCCCUAAGUGAUAAGGGUUUGAGGUUUGCUGGUCUCCACUGUUCUUCAAUCAGUUUAUACAUGUUUUCAUUUUUGUUAACUUGAAGUUGAUGCUGUUGUCUUAUCCACAACAAAUUGGUGUUGAUUAUGUAAGUAAGUGAAUAUUGAUGCUGUUGCCUCACUCACAACAAACUGAUGCUGAUUAUGUUAGUAAGUGAAUACUCUAUUUCUUAUUCCUUUGAUAUGCAUUGUUAUAAUUUGGUGUGUAGCACCACUGAUAUUUCCCUUAUUUGUAUGACCAAUGCAAGUCGUGUACUUUUCCUUCUAACAUUACACAUUCCAUAUUAAAUGGAUACUGUUACCUGUGGAAUCCUUAAAAUAUUUUGUAUGAAAAUAUUUUGAUUCACUUACUUUAUAUGGACUACUUUAACUGUUGUGAUAGUUCCAAAAUUGUUUACUUCUUUUCCUGACUGUUUCUGAUAGAUCAGUGGACUGUAGUUAUACAUGUGGCACACAACAAUUCAUUGGACGUAAUAUCCUUUUAUAUUGUUUGAUUUUCUUAGUAUCAGAAAAAACAAAUUAUCAUUGUUUUUGCAAGUACUGUGUCACAGUAGAUCGCAUAUGAUAUAAGUGGUUCAAAGGGUUUUUGUUGUAGUGAAAUAGCUCCCUGUGCCUCUCCAAAGUUUAUUUGCUACCUCGUAACUUGUAUAAAAAAUUCUUUUGGAUUUGAUGAUGCCUAAGUUCUUUCUGUUGAGGGUUAAUAUGAAAAUUUAAUCAUGUUCACAGCAAUAUAUGUAAUGUAAUGCUGAUGAUGACAGGUUUGUGAGUGUGUGUGUGUGUGUGUGUGUGUGUGAGAGAGAGAGAGAGAGAGAGAGAGGGAGGGAGGGAGAGAAUAAACAUAUGCUAACUUUGAUAGACCAUUUAUAAAAAUUUUAUGAAUGUAAAAUUUUGAGUGCUUCAGCUACAUACAAUUCAGAAAUUCCUGCUAUUACAUUUCUGUUUGUAGAAAGAAUAAUUUACCAAGGAAUCCUUACCUGAAUAUGUGAAACUUCUGCCCAACGACUGCUAAAUCUUUUUGUAGGCUGAGAGAUACCUUAUGUUAUUAAGCAUAUCUUUUUUCACAGAAUGAUCAAAGUUAACAAUUAAAUUUAACCGUUGUUCCUGCUGUAAUGUGCAAAUGCUGUUAUUUGUAUGGUUUCUAAAGUGUUCAUAACUUACAGGUUCCAUAAUCAGUUGUUAUCUCUGUGAUGACAGUCUGUCCAGUUCAAAGACAAUUUAGUGAAAAUAAUCACAUAAUUUGAAUUGAAGUUCAGUGGAAUGUGAGCAUGUGUAUCUAAUUUAGUCGUGUUCUCUCUCUUCUCCUCUCUCUCUCUCUGUGUGUGUGUGUGUGUGUGUGUGUGUGUGUGUGUGUGUGUGUGUGUGUGUGUGUGUGCAGGCGUGCACGCGUGCACGCACGUGGCAGUUUCCUUCUUUUUAACAUUAGCUCGUUGUAUUUGCUAUUUUUUGAUGAAUUUUUGAUUUGAAUAACUACACAUUACUUUGCGUAAAUCAACAUAUCUCCUAGGUUGCUUUUCAUGGUUUAGCAUCCUGAAUUUGCUGCUGUUUAGUAGUUAUUUUCACUGGUAGGUGGAAAAGAAUGGCAUGGCAAUUGAGAUUAUAUGUUGUAGAUGUGUGCCCAUAUUUAAAAGAUAUAUGUUUUAAGCAUAUUUUGUUUCAGAAUUCAGUGGACAAAAUAAGUGAGACUGAUUGUAUAUGUGAGUUUGCUUACUCCAGUAGAUUAAAAUGACUGACAUUUGUGCUACCUUUUAUUGACACAAUGGAAAGAAUUAGAUGAUGUCAUUGUCAUGAAAGAUAUAGUAUAUUGUGGGUGUGUUGUAAUUGAAAACUUUGUGCCAGUCACUAUAUACAGACAAUGUCUGAUAAAAAUUGUUUUCCAACAUUUUAAUGUUUUUCAGCAGGUGAUUUGCGCAGCAUAUUUCUGAACCUGUAACAGACUGCAUAGCUGCAAUUAUCCAUUGAGGCAUGUUUGUUAGUUCCCAAUUGACAAAUAUAUACAAUGUUCUGUGUAAGCAACUAGCAGGUCUCUUUGUGUGCCCUUCAGUUUGGAAUGUGUUGUACUGUUACUGAAAAGGAAAGUCAAAAAAGUGCAAAGAAAAUAUUAUAAUGUUUGUUUUAUAUACUAUCAAACUGUCCAUAAUAAUAAGAACUUUGGUUGUAAUGUAAUAAAUGUAGAAUAAAUGUCUAUGUGUAUGUAUAUAUAAAGAUAGAUAUGCAAUUAAUGAAUUUUAUUGACAACUUGUUGUAGUUGUAGGCAGUUCCUAAUCAUGAUGAAUUGUUUGUAACUCAGAGCUGAAUGCAUUUUGUUGUAUCUAAGAAACUUAUUGUGAAAUUUUACACAUUUUGUGUGAAAAGAGACUAGAUCAAGGGGAAAAAAUGAAUUUUAUCAGUGUUUAGCAUUGCAGAAAGUAUGAUCACAGUUCUGAUUCAAAAAUACAUUUAUUAAUCUACGUGAUGUCAUUCUUAUUGAGAUGAGCCCCAGCCUGUGAAGGAGCACAACUGUUUUGUAACCAUGAUCAUUAUGGGUGGAAACUUUAGUCAUUUUAACACUUGUGGACCUUUCUGGGCUCUACACUUGUGUAACGGAUUCCCUUUUGAACAGCAGAUCCCAUGGACAAAGACUUCUUAAACCUGUUUUUUUUAUGACUGCUGCUCUCUUAACACUAACUUUCAUGUAUGUAAGUGCUUAUGCAGUUAUAACUCAUAUACGGAGUGUAGCAAAAAUGUUGAAUUAUACAUAACAGUUGUCAUCAUCGUACUCAUAAUUGUAAUCAUAGUGGACAAUGCAGUCCAUACCACUCGUAUAAGAACUCAAGGGCAUUUUUCUGUCUCUUCCAUGGGCAUUCAACAUUUUUGUAGAACGAAGCCUUUUUGACACCAUUUUGUUGUAAUUCAUAAUCUGUGCUCGUACCAGUUGCAUUUUUGUUCCCUUGUUCAUUUAUUCUUCUCUUCUCUCUUCAAAGCCCAGUUUCACAACCAUAUAACAGCAUAGGCACUGCCAUAACUUUAUAAAAUUUUGUUUAUGUGACCGUACUUGUUUUGUUGAUAAUAAAAGUUUAUAUCAACAUGA